UCCAAUUCCUGUUUUACUAGCACGCCGAAGAACAGAUUAAAAAAAUUUGAAUGGAACUGCUACAGAAGUAAUAUCUACAGCAGGAGUUGAUUUUUCUUCAUUGCCUUCCCCCGAAUCUGUAAACUCUAAAACAACAUCAACACGUGAUGACCUUCAGUCUCUAGCUGUAUCCAACUGCUUAUCUGUUGAAGAUAGUAAACUUCUCAUAUGUACUCCAGUAGUAUGAACCUAUGCCACAAAUACUCGUCUGUGGAAGACUCCCAAAACAAAGAAAAUAAACACUUUGCUUUCAAGUGUUUGCAAAUUAAAGAAAUGUCUAUAUGAAAAUCUGAUUUCUUUCCGCCUUUUGGGACAGCUACAAGUAAAAUUGGCAGAUAAGCUAUAUUCGUUUGAAUUUAUUCUAUCGGAACUGCAUAUGCAAGGGAAACAAACAUCGAAAACAGAAAAGUCAUUUGCACUCAAUAUUUAUUAACACAGGUCAAGUGCAUAUUGGUUGCUACAGAAACACUUUUCUUUUCCAAGCAAAGCAACCGUACACAGGUCCAAGAAACAAAGGGCUUUUUAAAAACGUAAAUGUGACAACAGUAUGCAACGUAAGAUCUCCAUCACCUUCUAAAAUCUGUAAGAAAUAGCCUGAUGAAUCACGGUGAUUAUUAUAAAGACACGUCUGUUGGAAAUGGCUCCGAAAAUGAUAUUUCUUGUAUAGCCUUUGGAAAUUGGAAACCUAUCGUGGAACUCUAUCAGGAAUUCAGUGCCUGCAGAAGGUUGACAAAGAAUCACAUUGUAGUAGUAUCAGGACUUAAGAAGAUGAAUAUGAAACUUCCAGAUCAGGUACCAAGUCAUACAGUUGCGUUAAGUCUAUAUGUCGCCUUCCAGAAAAUUGAAAGUAAUGCAAUUGAUACAACACGUUUCAUAACGAAAAUGGAUGUACUGUUUGACACUGUAAAUUCUAAGACUUUGAAACAUUUAAAAAAAUGAACUAUGUGCAGUCACAAAAGAUAGAUACCACAUAAAGAUUUGGAAAGAAACUAAAUCCUGGAUUAAAACAUAGGAAAUACCCUCAAGUAAAGAAGAAAAAAAAAUUUAUAUGGAUGGAUUUUAACCAUAAAUGUAUUCCUGGGAAUUUCUGAAGAUUUACUAAAAAAUAAUAUAUUCAUAAUAAUUAAUCGAUUUAGCCAAGACAUGCCAGAAAAUACAUUUGCAUUCCAUAAAGCGCAGAGGAGGAUUUAGGAAGAACCCAAAUACAUACGAAUAUAGGCAUACUAUUCAAAAAUUUAUCAUAACAAACUUUUACAGACACUCGAGUGUAAAAAAUUGCCAAGAUGAUAAUGCAAAUUCGCUUAUAGAUUUCAGUACAUUUAAUAAAACAGAUUUGAAAUUAUUAAUUCUGUAGAAUUUUCAAAAGAUGUGGAUACCUUAAGUUUAACAACCACAAAUAGUGUUGAAGAAAAUAUGUUAUGUUAUGCUUCUGGUUAUUUUGUUAUGAAAUAUUUGUCAUCUGAUGAUUGUU